AACCUCCUCUGUCAUAAGUAGUUCUCCCUCCCAAAGCCAGUCGCAUGGUUAUGACGUCAAGGCUUUCCUCAAGCCUAUCCAUGCUGGGUAGUACUUAGUUUGUCCGGGGACCGGUAUGUUGUGUUUACGUAGAAUUGUAUGUGACCUCUGGGGUCGGGGAAUAACGGCAAACCUCGGCCCCAUGUGUGUAGGGAGUCGUUCCGUGGCGUGUCAGAGAGCUGUGACUGAAAAUGGCGCUCCAGACUCCCGAACUUGCCUUUCCCUUGUUGUUAGAAAUUAUGCUCAAACAAGGAGGAGACAAGAAAUACCAAGCCAGCUGGAUGACUUGCCGCCCACAAUGCUAAAGACGGAGUAUACAGGUGUACAGUUGUCAGAUGCUGUUGAUGAUGUUGUUAAAAGACUGCUGAGCCUGGAAAUGGCAAGUCAGGCAGAAAAGCUGAAAAUCAAAACACAGCAGCUGGUGGACAAGGUGAAGAGAGACCCUCAUGAUACUAGAUCCCCAGAAGUCCGUAUUGCUGCUUUAACAGCCAAAAUUAGAAAUUACCGGGAACAUAUUCAGAAGCACCCUAAGACAGUCAUGAAUAAUCUGUGUGUCAGCUUUCACUCUGAGGAUAAAUCAAACAAACGCAAGAUGCUGAUGGCCAUUGAUAAACGCAAAAAGAUGCUUAAGAAUCUGCGCCUUACACGGUAUGAUGCAUUUGAGCAUGUAUGCGCACAGCUUGGUAUCGAGUACACAUUCCCUCCUGAAUAUUACAGGCGAGCUACACGUAGAUGGUUGGCCAAAAAAGCUCUAUGCUUAAAGGUGUAUAAUGAAGCGAAGAGGCUGCAAGCUGCUGGACUGCUUAAAAAAAGAAGACCUUCACGAGUUCAAUCUAAAGAAACACAAGGAAAACCAGUUUGAUUUUGCCUCACUUGGAAAGAGAUGAUGCAAAACUUAAAGGGAACAAGUAACCCUUGAUCAGUACAUCUUGUGUGAAAUAUACCUGUUGUCGUUGCCAAGACCAUUAGUGACUGUUUUAGUGAUCAGAAUCCAAAGCUCUUAUGGUUACAAUAAAACCUAUAUAAUAUAUUAAUUUUUGUAUUAAAGUUUUGUUUUGCCACUAACCUGGCCUCUUAUUAAAUAAACACUUAACAUUUGGCGACGGUCAAA